AUGGUCACUUUAUUACUAAUUAUACUUUAUUGUCUUGUUUUGAUCGAUGGAAAGCAUUUCAACGGAGGCACCAUUCGAUGGGAACCGGUAAAUCCUUAUGUUAAUUCCUCAACGGUUCCAAUUACAAUUAUACAGACAUACUCAUGGGCGUACCCGACUAUAAGCUGUGCAACAAAUGUACCGAUUUCAACCACCGGACGAAGUAAUGCAAAUACUAAUUUGACAUGUACUGCUGAUUGUUCAACUGAUGGUGGCUAUUCAAAUACACCAGUUAAUAUUUUAACCGACUGUAUUUCAACUAGUUCUUCAUUAGGUAUGAUGACAAGUGAACGAUCAGUCAAUAUAACAUUGUUGGCUGAUGCACAUUUUUAUCUAUCAUAUAUGGGAAGUGCUUGGGUAGGACUUAAUUAUCCAAUCCAAAGUGGUCUUCAAUGGUCAAUGACAACUUUCAUUGAUCUUCGACUUCGAGAUGAUGGUUUUAUUAACACUUCACCAGUGGCAAGCGUUGUUUCUCCACAAUAUGCUGUUGUGAAUACAUCUACUCAGAUUCGAAUUCCCGUUUCCGAUGCCAAUGCAGGUGAUGAUGUACGUUGUCGAUGGUCAAAAUACACACCAGGAGUUAAUCGACGAAGACGAUUGAUUGAAGACAAAUCUAGACAGUAUGAAUCUUCUGGACACGUUUAUAAAAAAUUGUUCAUAGACGCAGAAACUGUUCAUAUUAGAAAGGGAAGAGAUGGAGGCGCCUGUGAUAAUUGUGAUAGGUCGUGUGCAAGAUACUGUCCUUGCAGCUGCUCUGCUUGUAUCGGGACUAAUUGUACUGGUUCAAGUUGUUCUACAAAGUACACGUGCCCACCAUUAUCCCAUACAACAGUAUCGACUACUAUAGAAACUCCCGGUACAAUAGCAUCAACGCUAUCGUAUGGCACACGACAAGCCAUUGAUGAAUGUGGUGGUAUUUGUUAUCCAAACAGUUUACCAAACGGCACGACGUUGUCUAAUUGUACUCUGUCAUUCAUAGGAUUAGUACCUGGUACUUGGUAUGCAGUUGCUGUUCAAGUAAGCAAUUUAUUUAAAAGAAAGCUCAAUUCAUAUAAAAAACUAGUUCAAUCCAUGAUCAUUCAACAUAAAAGUCAUUUCUUCUUCUUCAAUGAGACAAUAUUUUAUUGUAAUAUUUUUUCCCAACCAACAACUUUUCCAGAACGUGUAUUGAAUUAA